UUUUUAAAGAAGCUACAAGUUAUUUUAUUUACAAUUGUCCUAGAUAUUGGACAUUUUACUUCCCUGUUUGACAAUCGUUUUUUUGUACACCCCACAACUAUUAAGAAAGGAUUGUGUAAUAUGGCUUCGCCUAGAAAGGACUUUUGUACUCUUUGUAAAGAGGAUAACGUCAUAAGUGAUGCAGUCGUGUGGUGUACAGAAUGCGAGGUAUUCUUAUGUAUAGACUGUGAGAAGCAUCAUAAAAGGUCGAGAACAUCAAAAGACCAUACAACAAUAUCAGCUGGGAAUUAUCAUAAAUUGCCUUCAUUUAUAAAAGGGACGAGCAAUAUGUGUAAAGUCCAUGACAGAAAGUUUGAACUAUAUUGUUCUUUUCAUGCCUGUGCUUGCUGUGUACAUUGCACCACAGAUAACCAUCAAUCAUGUCAGUCGAUGAAGCCAUUGUCGGAAUUUCUAAAACAAGUAAAAUUAUCAGCAGCAGUUCCUCUUCUUGAAAAAGAUCUGAAGGAUCUUAAUAAAAACUUUAAUGAGAUAGUGGAAUAUUUGAAAAAGAGAAAAGGUACAAAUUCAGAGCAGAAAACCGAGGCAAUUCGGAGUAUACGAUCAAUGCGUAAAUCCAUCGAUGAUCACCUAAACAAACUAGAACAGCAACUCCUUCAAGAUCUUGAAAUUGAACAUUCGAAAUUAAAAUCACAUAUGGAGACACUCUUGGUUGAUGUUGAUAAACGAGCAAAUCAAAUCAGACAAUUGCAAAACGAAUUUUCGAAUAUGACAAAAUAUGCAACUGAACUUCAAACUUACGUUGGUCUAACAGAAAUCGAAAAAAUCACAUCAAAAGAGGCGAACUACAUUGAAGAUAUAAAGCGUGGUCCUGAUUUAAUCGAACGUAACUUCCAUGUGACAACGUCACCUACUCUUGCGUCUAUUCUACGUGAUGUCGAAUCAUUUGGAGACAUUACAGUUGAAACACGUCCUUGCAAUGUGUCGGCAAAUGCGGGAAGGAAAGAUCAAGCUCAGCGUUUACUUCCUAUUCCAACGAUAGAUCAAAUAAAGCCAACGUUUUCAAACACUCUAAAAGUGCCCGAAGGAAAACAAAUGCGUUUUCUCGAAUGUUGCAUACUACCUGAUGGCAAUAUUUUAACUUUUGAUUUAGUUAACAGAGGUUUGUUGAUGUUUAGAAAUGAUGGGACAUUCAUUGGAUCUAUUGUGUCAUUCAAACAUGUUAAAGAGGAACCUGAUAGUGUAUGUUUUGUUAAAGAUGACACCAUAGCUGUUUCCUUUUAUACUGCAUGUGAAGUGGCUCUUGUUGAUAUAGGCAGAAGAAAGGUUGACAGAAAUUUAAAAAUUCAUAAAAAAUGUUAUGGAGUUUCAAGUGAUGGUCAAGUUCUGGUCAUUUCAAUACCUGAUGACAAAUAUAUCAUUGUCAUGAACCUUCUAGACGAAUCAAAACAAAUCUUGGAAGGAAUUCAUGUACAUCGUUUAUCUUUGUUCAAGGGAAAUAUCUACGGUACUAACUUUAACAAUAGCACAGUAAGCUGCUACAAAUUGAGUGGAGAAAUGCUUUGGACAUUUAAUCACCAGGACAUUGAUACACCCUGCGGAACUGCAUUAGAUAAAAACGGCUUAAUGUAUGUUGCUUGCCUGAAAAGUGAUAACAUAGUCGUCGUUUCACGUGAUGGCAAAUCAUGCAGGACAAUAUUGAAUCAAGAUAAUGGAAUUAAAAAUCCUUGGUCAAUAGCUAUUGAUGUGAAAUCUGGAAUUGUGUUAGUAAUAAGUGCAAUGAAGGGUAAGGAUUCGUUGUUAUUUAAACUAUGA